GCGCUCCUAAAUAUAUUAUUAUCCUUAUUAUUAAGAUGUCCUGUAAACUGUUGAAGCUAUCUCUUCGUCACAUCGUGCUAUUGGUCCUCACAUCGAUUAUCUUCAUAGAGAUAUCUUCGAAGUGGCUGCCACAUCGAAACUUCAAACAUGAUCAUCCCACUUACAAGACAAUGGUGUUCAUCAAGCCAAAAGAAAGAUGUUUAAACUGGUCAAACGAUCCGUGUUUGUCACAGAACAUUAGCCAAAGCCUUACGCCGACGAGCAAUGUCUUCUCAAUGGCAGAGGUCAUCAACGCCAAGGGAUCGUACGAGGUCAACGACACUCUACAGAUCCGCAUCACAGCAAAGGAUGUAAACAACGUCACCAAGACUUGCGGAGGUGACUACUUCCGGGUGAAACUAUACACUAAAGAAACGCAGUCAUCCUGGAGCAUUGACGUGACAAAUGACCUAGGAAAUGGUACCUACAUGGCUGAUGUGACGUUACGAUGGCCUGGGAAGGUUGAAGUGAUUGUGAUGUUGGUUCAUCCCAGCGAGGCUUUGAGGGUUCUGCAAAGGAUUCGAGACAUAGAGCCCGGAAGGGCGGUUUUCAAGGGGCGCUACAUGAGAACUCUUGACACAGGGGUGGACAUCUUUGAAGAUGAAAUGUGCCUUCCAAAGGUCAUCCGUAAUCAUUCUCUGUGUAACUUCACGGAUGAAAGAUCAGGCUAUCCAUGGUUCUGUAUAGCGCCCUCUAAUACAAAUUUAUCGUGUGAUAACUGGAAGCUGUACAUGUCAGAUCGGACAUUAAUCAAAAAGUAUACGAUGGGGGCCGUCAGCAAGGAAGAAAAAACAAUAUUCGAGAUACAUAAGUUGCCUAUCAAUCACCAUCCUCCUCCCCUCAACGUAGUUGGGGACUCAAAAAGCUGGAAGAAGAGCAUGUACGCUUAUCAAGAUUAUCUACCUUCCUGCAGACCAGGACAACACUUACACAACCCUUCUCCUUCGGGCUUCUAUAGCAAGAACAUCUGGUUUUCAGAUCAAUGCAAACUCCGUCGAUUUACUAAGCCAGAUGUCUUACAGUGCCUGCAAAACAGAGCAGUCCAUAUUUUCGGAGACUCGACUUCUAGACAGUUCUACUUUGAGUUUGCCAAUAAUUACAAACCUGAGAUAGUGGGGAAGAAACCAAUAGAUGAUUGUGAAAAAAGAAGGGGCCCAUUACGCGCUAAGAGCAGCGAUAAGUUGAACAUCUCUAUACAUUUUAAAUUUCAAGGUUUUCCUGCUCGUCCAUCGGUACUUAUUCGCAAGGAUAAUGUGCAUUACAUUAUCAAUGAAUUAGACGAUCUGAAGGUAGACUCUAGAUCAGUAAUCUUAAUUUGCGUUGGAACACACUACACGACAUACCCAUUAGAGAUGUACGAAGAGAGAAUGAGAGAUAUUAUAGCGGCUGUUCAGAGAUUACACAAGAGAAGUCCUCAAACACUGGUAGUCUUUAAGAGCGCAAACACCCGAGAACAUGGAACGCUCAUUCAUCAAUUAGAGAACAGCGAGUGGUAUAUUUGGACCUUGGACCAGGCGUUGAGGGUAGUCUUGAAGGAUUCUCCAGAAAUGGCUUUCAUUGACGCGUGGGAUAUGACCAUAGCUCAGAAUUUCAAAGAUAAUGUUCAUCCUCAUCACGCAGUUCUCUCAAAUCUGAUGAAUAAUUUUCUUUCCUAUAUUUGUCCCGAUGCACCAAGUUCUCCAUAAAGCCUGUUUAACUAAGAAAUACUUGCUUAAUUUGGUUUGAUUGCGAAUGAAGAAUAAUAGUGGGUUCUUAAAUAGAAAUUUAUUCUUGCCAGGUGACCAUUAACCUCACCUGGGUAGAAAGUGGCAAAUUUAGAUUAAUAACUUGCCAAAGACUUUGGUGCCGCGGAGACCCGGGACACGAUCAACCGUAUGGUGACGUACCGACUAAACCAUGGCAUUGCGCCAUGGCGCGCUACUUAUCUUUUAAUGAAUUUCAUGGCGUGUGAAGUUAUAUAAAUAAGUUUUAAUAUAAGAAGCACAAGUAGAUCAAUGAGGGGUUCGGCAAAAUGUUA